UACGCUACAGGCACUUUGGUUAUUCAGUUUGGCAAAUACGGAAAAGUUUAAGAUGUGCGAUAAACAAUUUUUCUCUUUCCACACUAAUUAUUAUUUUAAAGAUGAAACAAAACUGGUUAUUUAGGCUUUGAAAAUGUUGGUAUGAAUAUCAAGAAUUUAUCAAGCAACUACUUAACAGUGAUUUUUUAAUUGAGUUCUGUUAUUAGCUUCUUCGUCCGAAAAAAUGAAGAUUAGUGGUGCUAGUCUUCUCCUCGCAUUCACUGCAUUCCUGCAGGAAUCGAAGUGCAUGGAGUUUCCCGACUACGUUCCUCCUGCUGGAAUAGGUGGUCGAACAGGUAUUGUUGAUCUGCAAUUAAGGGAUUCACAAGAGCUUACUGCUUUUCUCUAUCAGGCCCACAUUACACCUGAAUGGGUGGAGAAUACACCAACUAAGGAUUUUAAACACUAUGCGGUUUAUAUACAUACAUUUAAUAAUUUAAAUCAUCAGACUAUACAUGUCCCGGACACCUGGAUAAUUCAAGCUCCUCUUCUGGAGAAUGCUACUAUGACGUUAGGCAAUUUAAACUUUCAGACUGAUACGGCUCAUUUUCACACUUACGAUCAAACGUUAUCUGUUACUGGAUAUUACGUGAAUCGCAUAUAUGUAGCAGUAAAAGGAACUAGAGAAAUCCUUUCUGCGACUGUUAUUCCAUCACUCCCAGAAGUCACACCAUUCCCAGCUAAUAUUAUUGCAAGAGAUGUACCAUCUGGCAGAAUAGUGGUAUCAUUGUACCAUCGCGGUCAUUUUACCGCUGAUCUUUUCCCGGCCCGCAAUGUACCUGGAUGGUUGACAACUCCAUCAUAUACUAAUUUCAAAAACUAUGAGAUUUUUGUACAUACAUUGAAUCAUGGCAUUCAUUGGGCUACAUACCGGUAUGACAGAAGCCUUGGUUUACCUCCUUUUCCGUCUACCGUUCGGCUUACACUCGGCCAGGUGAGCCUUAUUCGCGGAGGAAGAAAUUUGCAAGAUUACAAUCACGAGAUUAUACUUCUACAUUCCAUCGAUUCUGUAUAUAUAGCGCUGCAAAAAACUAACAUCAUCAAAUAUGCAGAGUUAAGACCAGAUGAUAAAGCAAAAAGCGCAGAACCAAAAAAAAAUAAACAUGCGAAUCGGCCUCGUGAACGAGGCCCAUACAAGAAACAUAGCGGCAUACAUAUAUUCCAAUAAAUUUCUGAAGAAUAUUGAUAUAUUUUGAAAUUUCAUGUGAAACUACUACCAUUCCUUCCUAUAGUAA